AUGGCGGCCGCGUUAGGCCGCCUCCUGCCCAACGUGGGUGGGCCAAACGUUAAGGUUCGGCGACUGUACGCGAACGUCGUGCAGUCGGUGUCCCUUUACGGGGCACCGGUAUGGGCCGAAAAAGUCUCGGUCAGUCGGCGAAUCAAGGCGAUGAUCCAUCGCCAACAACGCCGGCUGGCCAUCAGGAUUAUUCGGUCCUACUGCACGACGUCGUUCGUGGCGGCCACGGCUCUGGCGGGCCUCCUCCCGGUCGAGUUUUUGGCGAACUCGUACGCCGAGGUUUAUCGGCGUAUGAGGGACCCCGACCGCACCGGGAGUUCCCGUUUAAGACCAGGGGCCGUGGAAAGAAUAAGGAGGGAAGCCCGUCGCAGAGCCAUCUCCCAAUGGCAGGAGGCCAUUGCGGACUCUGUGACGGGCAGAUGGACCACUCACGCCAUCCAGCCCUGUCUACCGGAAUGGGUAGACAGGAGAGGACGAGGGCUAGAGUUCCACCUGACACAGGUACUCACCGGGCACGGUUGUUUCGGUGACUACCUGUGCAGGAUAGGCAAGGAGCACACGACGGGGUGCCACCACUGUGCGGCCGGUUGGGACUCGGCGCAGCACACCCUCACCAAGUGUGAAGCGUGGACGAAAGAGCGCCGGGCCUUGACCGCAGUGGUUAAACAGGACCUUUUCCUUCCGGCAUUGGUUCAAUCAAUGCUGGAGGGAGAGGAAAAAUGGAAGGCCGCCUCCGAUUUCUGCGACACCGUAAUGUCGCGGAAAGAGAAGGCGGAACGCAUCAGAAGAGGAGAGGCGGAGGAGGUGGAUA